CGUUGCUGUGGAGAGGAUCCCCUCAACAAUGGCGUGGAUGUCGCCAGUUUUGUCAUUGUUCGUAAUCCAGCAUUGUGUCAUCUGCAAACUUGUGGAUGGAGUUUGAUCCAAAGUUGGCCACACUGUCUUCAUUUUGGUACUGGAGAUCGAGUUGUAGAAAUGGAAGAUUCAGAAGUCGAAAAUCUUGCCACAUCUAUUUCAUCUGAUGUUGAUGCUGAGUUUGAUACAGUCAUUGGGCACAUAGAAGAUAUUAUUAUGGAUGAAGAAUUUCAGAUGCUACAGCGGCAUUUUAUGGACAAAUACUACUUAGAGUUUGAGAAUACUGAAGAAAACAAACUUAGUUACACUUCAAUUUUCCAAGAAUAUGUUAAUUUAUUAGAGAAGUACAUUGAACAGCAGUUAAUAGAGAGGAUUCCAGCCUUCAAUAUGGCUACAUUUACAACGUCAUUACAGCAACAUAAAGACGAGAUAUCUGGAGAUAUAUUUGACAUGUUGCUGACCUUCACAGAUUUCCUGGCUUUCAAAGAAAUGUUCCUUGACUACAGAAUGGAAAAAGAAGGGCACGGCCUGGACUUUAGUGGAGAUCUCAUAGUGACAGCCUUAUCAAAAUCCUCUUCAUUGUCUCCAGCUUCAAAUAAUCUUCGACAUUUCUAAUAGUGUUGCUGUACAGCUGUCGAGUUCUGCAUUUAUUCCUGUACAGUCACAUAUUCCAGCCACGAUGAAACAGUUUGAUAUGUUACAAUAUUCUCCUGGGAAGGUUCUACAGACACAAUCUAAAGCUCAAAAGUCUUCAACACUUUUUGCAGAAUCCAACAUCCAAAAAUUCAAGGUAACAUCAGAUACAGUCCAAAUGUUAUGUUUAGGUCAAUUUUCCAGAGUUUUUAGGAGCUGCAAAGACAUUAUAACAGGGGGUAGAUGCCAUUACCUUAUAGGAGAAUUAACUAUAGACUUCAUUGAAGUUGUUGAUUUAAAUGUAGCUUCGUUAACCGCGAACUAUUAUCUUGUUUUUAAUAACCUGGCUGGCAAGUCAGUGUAGAUUCUUUUCUAGCUCCCAGGGGAAGUAAUCCCAUUGUCCAAUGCUUCUUCUCACUUUUCUUUUGCCCUGAAACUUAUUUUCAGUCACAUGCCCAUCAAUUAUUUUGAUUCUUUUUUACCUUAACCUACACUACAAUGUAAUUAAGCUACCAGCAUGGCUUGAUAUAUGGGAAGAAAUGGGAGCAACUAAAAGGUAACCCAUAUUGGCAAAGCGAAUAUACAGACUCCACACGGACAAGAUUAACAUUGAACCCUGGAGCUCGGUUGCUCUUCGGCCCAGAGACAAAUGGAACCUUUAAGCAUAGGUUGAAUCAGGUUAUGGUACCUCCUGUGCUUAAAUCCAAAUUAUACCCAAGCUUGUUGUAACACUCCAAUAUUUCCCACGCUGAAAAAAAUGAUUUCAGUGGAAUAAUUUAACAAAAUACAUUUUGCCUUAAUAAUAGUGCAUACAACUAACAUAAUAUCAUAGACACAAAAUGCUGGAGUAACUCAGCGGGAUUGGCAGCAUCUCUGGAUAGAAGGAAUGGAUGACGGUUCGGGCCGAAACAGUC